ACACCCGCAUCGAGCAGAUUUCCACGCUCCGACAAUCAUUCGACAAUGACUACAACUACAUUAGAGACAUACUCAACUACUAUCGAUGAGUCAAAAUCCCAAGUCUCUCAACACUCAGACCCUUUCCAUUAUGACCAUGACCAACAAAUUACUGGAGUGGGGCUGGCCAGGAGUACUUCGCCUUCUAAACGGUUUUCAGUUUGUUCUACUGACGAAGACAUCAUUUCUCCUACCUCUGAAAUUCCCAUGAGUCACUACUUGAGUAUAGAUAACUGGCCCCAGCCCGUCGAAUCCGCCCACAAUGUUGCUUCGUCUGUCUAUACACUUCCGGAGACGGUGAAAGUAUCGCCGUUCGUUUUGGGCGCACCCUUCGAGGACACUUCCUCUAAUUCUGCUUCAAAGUCAUCCCAGAGCGGGAAACCCCAGGACAUUGGUUGGGACUUUGUAAAAGACUCGCCAAAAGUAACCAAAAUGCCCCCUAGUGAGAACGCGCUCAAGAUCCAUAUCCCUGAAUUUGCAUAUACGCCCGCAAAGAAGGUAGCAAAAUCGGGGAAAAACACGGAAACUCGCCCUUCGAUGCCGACAGGACCCAAGCAAAGCCCACAAGCUACUUCCACACUUGCAAACAUUUACCAUGAUGCUAAAGAGAUCUACUUGGCAGGGCCAAAGGGUGAUGGUCAUGACCUCUGGCAUGGCAUACAGCAGCUACGUAAACCGCACAAGGCCGCUCACCCUGGACAUGCCCCCGUGACCAAGCCAAAGUCAAAUCCUCCCUCUCGUCCAUCGGAACCUGAACCUCUGGGUAUCAUUCGUAGGCCCGUACAAGUCACUCAUGAGGCCACAGUAGAUACCCAACCGCCAUCACUCUCUCCAAUUCGCGUCCCGCGCCCGCCCGCGAAUAACAUCCGACGUUCUAACGACACAGAAGCAGUCGAGACUGGUUCCACUAAUUCUUCUCCAGUCUUCACUAUCGAAGUAGGAGCUUCCCCUACCGUUCAGCAGGAUGCGCAAGAAACAAUCAUCAACUACACAAAACCGAAGCAAGCUCCACAGCUCCAACCAGCCCCGAAGACGAGGAAGGAGUUCAGGAGGCAGUCCACGACAACCAAAUUUGGUCUGCCUCCCCCUCCUGUUCCAAAAAGCCCCAGGUCAGGCAAGGGAAACUAUGUUGUGAUUGGCGCAGAAGGGACACACUGCAGCAGCAAGGAAGAGAAGCCUAGCUUCUUGUUGCCGCUGCCGCACACAAAGCUCCAGCUAGAUUCUUCUUCUGCUGAAUCUGGAAACAUUUCAAAACUCGACAUCUCCUACCCACAAAUCGUACACCUCCCCUCCAACACAAACUCCAAAACCAAUAUCGCUCACUCCCAAACCACUUCCUCAAAAGUCCACCGCCCCGCCAGCAACAACAAAAACCAGAAUUUUUCAUCCCUUCAAAUCCCCACGCACCCAUCAAACCCUCAUAAGCGCCACCAUCAACGCACAGUAUCCGCUCCACUACAAAAGUUCACACAAGCAACAAAUUCAUUGCUCAAUAACGAUAAGAACACCACCAGCAGGAACUCCAGCGGCACCAAAGAUGAUGCGAGAAACACUCGCAGAGACAAGACUAACUCCAAGACCAAGGCUCAGAUUUUCUGGUCCGAUGUCAUCACGCCCGCCAUGACAUCCACAGCGAGUAAGUUGACUGCUUCACGUGCGUCGGGAAACACUACUUCCACCACUACUACCACUACCAGGAAGCGUAAGGAUUCAGAUACGUCUUUUAGUUGCCAGGGGCUCGUUGAUGAUAACCAUGAUGACUUUGUUGGAUAUGUCCGGAAUCAUGAGGUUGAAGGGAGAAUACCUCCUACCGAUGUUAUUUCUCGUGGCGGGGAGGAGGUGGGAGAAAGAGGGCAGGAGAGCUCGAGCGGAGCUUCAAUCUCCAGUUUGAGACCGAAGCCGCUGUUCUUUGGUAUUCCGUGGGUUUAGAGGGGUGAGGAAGGAAGGAAGAGUAUGGGAUGGCUGUGGGUUUUGUAUGGAUGAUUCUGUCUUGUUUCUUUUGUUCUUCGUUCUGCAUUCUGCAUUCUUGUCAUUUCAUAUGUGUUUCUUUUGUUUGUUGUUUUUCUUUUUUCAAGACUAUAGAUGAAUGGGAGAGUUUCUGGUUCGUUUUUAUCGUGUUGUU